GCGACUCAAAUAAACACGUUUCGAGAAGCUGACGACUGUGGCUUUCAGGAUCAGCAAAUCCCACUGUGCGACAAACUGUUUGUCUUUCCUACAUCCCAUUUGAGUGGAUGGAACUUUGGGACAACUUGGGUUGUAGGCUACUGCUGCUGCCUACUGCUGCUGCCUACUCUACUCCACUCUAAAUUCCUCGACAGAAAAUUUAUAGAAGACACUGCAUCAAUCCCUCCAUCAUCCAGUUCUAAGAAGCUUCUCUCAAUCCAGCUGCAGUACAGAGCAAACCAUCCUUCAGUUCACCUCGAAUGUCACCCAUCAAAAUGAACCACAUCCAAUCCUUCCACCUCCCCCGCACCUCCCAAACCCUCUCCCCCCUCUUCACCAAACUCCCCGGCGAACUUCGCGACAGCAUCUACACUUACGUCCUCGCCUCGUACCCGGACCCAUCCCGGUCUUACGACAAAAACACGCCCUACUACCGGCCCGACUACCUCUCCCCUGGCAUCCGCGACUGCGCCCUCCUUCAGACCUGCCAAUCCAUCUACGCCGAGUCCUGGUUCCGCCCCUGGGUCUCCAGCACACACACCUUCUGGCUUGCCUGGAGCGUGAGGCGCCCGUCGCACGUCCUGACCGUCCGCGAGUUCCAGCCUGUGCUGCAUGAGAUUUACGAGAAACAUGGCGAUGUUUUCUUGACACAUGUACGCGUUUUUGCACAGUUGUGCGAGAUGCGGGGUUUGCCGUCUAUUUUGGAGAUGGAGCAUUUCCUUCCACGGACGAUGACGAUGACGAUUCGACAUCACGACUGGUGGCAUUGGGAGACGGACCAGCGCCUGUACCUUGAUGCUGAUGUGUGCACGCGGCAUUACUUGCCAGGUCGUGGGGCCGAUGGGUACGGUGGGAGGGGCCAGCUGGUGUAUCCUGAUUCGCUUGCCGAGAUCAGGUUGGAGCUUGAGAGUCUGGUGCGGAAAAAGGAGCAGAUUGAUUACGUUGCCAACGAGAUGGCGGCAAAGUGGUGGUUUCGUCUACGCGACGGGACGGUGAUGAUGGCGCAUGCCAAGGAUUUCGAGGUAGAUGGCUGGAAGGGUAGUUCAACAUGGGAGAAUGACCGGUGGAUACGGGACGAGACGGAGCCCGAGACGUUGGAGUAUUACAUCAAGACCGUGGUGUUCAAGCCGAACCACGCGUUGUGCGCGGCGGAUGACUUGGAAGAGCCGAGGAAAAUACAAGUGCCGGGGAGGUUUAUGCAGAUAGCCAAUGAUGAGUUCAAGACGCUUGGCGUGAGGCAGUUGCGCCGGGCUGGAGUGCCGCCGGGUACACCCGCUACGGAGGCGAGAAGGCUGGUCCAGGAGUGGCAAAACAGUAGAGGGCGCUUUAGUGGAGGUCUAUCGUACACUGUGAAUACCUACGCAAACGACAACGACGACGACGACGACGAUGAUGAGGAGGGUGAUUAGAGGACGAAGACCUCGCAGACAGCUGGGAUAAUGACGCAGAUAAUGGAUCGGUUGAUCCGGUCGUCUGAGCUUUUGGACAGCGGGUGGCGUAUUGAUCUCGAUACCUAGAUUGGCAGUCAUAUUGAAGUCUGAUCUGUAUGUUCAUGUAUACAGGAUUAGUUAAAUAAUAAAAACGGCACUGAGGUCGAGCAUUAGCAUCUUGGUGUCUGUUACAACCCAGCAAAUAGGGGU